CCACAACGCUCCAUGUGCUCUCCCCGCUAGCAGGACUUGCCGUAUUUAAUGCUGAAGAACCGCACACGACAGAGCGUCCGAGCUUCUCGUUCGUCCCUCCAGCCAGCGUCCCUAUUUUAGGUGACUGCCUCAAUCUCGCAACAAAAGACUUUACGUCUCUUGUCUUCACAAUGGCUGGAUUACAACGCGACGACGCAGUUUUUGCUGGGCUCGCCGAGGCCAACAAGGAUGAGGUCAAGUUCGAAAAACAGGACCACUCGGUCUCGCUUGCGAGCACGAAGGAACACGACCACGAAUACGAGGCCGACGGUAUUCACGACGGGCUCGAGAUCCCCACCACUGAGGAGCUCUCGACCCUCCGCCGUGUGUCCGACACCAUUCCAUGGGCAGCCUACAUGAUUGCCUUUGUCGAGCUUGCCGAACGCUUCUCGUUCUACGGCGCCAGCGUCGUCUUCACGAACUUCAUCCAGCAGCCGCUUCCCGUCGGUUCGAACACCGGUGCGGGCGGUGCGGAUGGCCAGAGCGGUGCCCUCGGCAAGCACCAGCAGACCGCUACCGGUCUCACCACCUUCAACCAGUUCUGGUGUUAUGUCGUUCCACUGUUCGGCGCGUACAUCGCCGACACAAGAUGGGGUCGCUUCAAGACCGUUUGCGUCUCCGUCGGAAUCGCCAUGGUCGGCCACAUCCUCCUCGUCAUCUCCGCCAUUCCCCCCGUCAUCGUCAACUCCAACGGUGCCCUCGCCUGCUUUGUCAUCGCCAUCGUCAUCAUGGGCUUGGGCACAGGAGGUUUCAAAGCCAACAUCUCCCCGCUCGUCGCCGAGCAGUACAAGCGCUCCAAGCCAUUCAUCCAGACCACCAAAGCCGGCGAGCGCGUCGUCGUCGACCCGGCCUACACCACCAGCCGCAUCUACAUGUACUUUUACUUCUUCACCAAUAUCGGCGCUCUCAUCGGCCAGAUCACCAUGGCGUACUCGGAAAAGUACGUUGGCUUCUGGCUUGCAUACCUCCUCCCGACCAUUGUCUUUGCCUUGUGCCCGCUUGUCCUUGCCGCCGGCGCCAAGCGCUACAAGCGCUCGCCCCCGCACGGCUCCGUGUUCGCAAAGUCCCUCAAGCUCUGGACGUGGUGUCUCAAGGGCACCUGGAGCUGGAACCCCGUGCAGUGGUGCAGGAACGUGACCGCCGACGGCUUCUGGGACAAGGCCAAGCCGAGCCAUGUCGUCGCGACGAAUGGCACGAAGCCCGCCUGGAUGACGUACGACGACCAGUGGGUCGACGAAGUCCGCCGUGGUUUCAAGGCUUGCGCGGUCUUUGUAUUCUUCCCGAUUUACUGGCUCACGUACAACCAGCUGAACAACAACCUGACGUCGCAAGCCGCGACGAUGGCCACGCACGGCGUCCCCAACGACGUCCUCUCCAACCUCGACCCCUUUGCCCUCAUCAUCUUCAUCCCCGUCUGCGACCUGCUCGUCUACCCGGCCCUCCGCCGCGCCGGCAUCCACUUCACGCCCAUCAAGAAGAUCACGCUCGGCUUCUUCAUGGGCUGUGCGGCGAUGAUCUGGGCGUGCGUCCUCCAGCACUACAUCUACAAGACGAACCCGUGCGGGUACCAGGCCGCGACGUGCACCGACGCGGACGGCAACGCGCUCACGAGCCCGAUCAACGUCUGGGCGCAGACGGGCGCGUACGUCCUCAUCGCCUUCUCCGAGAUCUUCGCGUCCAUCACCGGGCUCGAGUACGCGUUCACCAAGGCGCCGAAGAACAUGCGCAGCCUCGUCAUGAGCGUCUUCCUCUUCAUGAGCGCGCUCGCGAGUGCCCUCGGCGAGGCCUUUGUCUCGCUCUCCACCGACCCGCUGCUCGUGUGGAACUACGGCGUCAUGGCCGUCCUCGCCUUUAUCGCCGGCACGCUCUUCUGGAUAUGCUUCCGCCAUCUCGAUCAGCAGGAGGACGCGCUGAACUUGAUUAGCGAAGGGCACCUUGCUUCCCCGGAGAAGGAGGGCAAGGCGGCAUGAACAAAAUGUGGAGGGUGCUUGUACUAUGGGGCGUGUUAUUCUGGGUUCUCAUGUAGUGUGUUAUGUAUUAGACGAUUGAUGACUAAUGAAUGACUACGUGUCCGCGUCCAAGCUCUGUUCCGUGUGGG